AUGUGGUCCAAAUACGUUCUUCUUUUUGGAGCAGUUCUUGCCUUUGACUUUGCAGUGGUUGAUGCAGUUGUUUUCAAGUUUACGAAUUUCAAGUGCAAGAGUUACAAUGAGUCGUGCUUCGUUUUUAACUAUUACCGUCUGAAGGCCGUCAGUCGGGACAGGAUUUUGCUCAAUGUGAAUGGAACUGCUCUGCACCCGAUCAAAGACGUUGUAAUUCACACAAAACUCUAUAAAAAAGCCAAUGGUUUCAAGCCAUGGCUUCUGGAGACCACUGUUGACGGGUGCAGGUUUAUAAAUAAGCGCUAUGAUCCAAUCUUUAACAUCGCCUACAACAUCUUUAAGGACUUUUCGAAUAUGAAUCAUUCCUGUCCCUACGUGGGUCACCAAAUCCUCAAAGAUUUUUAUCUAAAACCGGAGUUACUAGUUCUCCCCUUUCCAUCUGGAGAGUAUAUGCUGGCUAUGCGGUGGUACUUCGAUAAGACAUCCAUAAUCGAGACAAAUGUCAGUUUUAUUUUUAUGGAAGAUCUUCUAAAAAGAACAUAGAAGCACCUAAUUAAACCUUCAGUA